AUGGCUGACCGCCUGCGCUCCGCCCUCUCCCUCCAAGCCCCGCGUGGUCGUGAAGACCUCCACAGUUCAUGUGAGCGACCACAGAUUCGAUCUCCGAUUUCCGGCAGAUUCGCGACGCCGAGCCUAAUGGAUUUGGGCUAUCGGAACCUGCUGGCACCUGAUGGGCGGUCCUUGAUUCCCCCAGGUGACUUUCGGUCCCCGCAACUGCCACGGCCACCGCCGAUCGUGAAUGACCUUCACAGGUCUCCCGAAACGGGCCAGAUGAACAAGGUCCCGCCUGUCACAGGCAAGCGCCGUGGCGGCUGCCGGAAAGCUUGCAACGAGUGCAAGCAACAAAAGAUCGAUCUUCGGGUGUCGGUGCAGCUGCGAUGCGAUAUUGUGCAGAAUCCAGCCGCAGAAUGUUCCCGCUGUCGAAGACUGGGAAUUGAUUGCAAGGUUGAGCAGUCCUUCAAACGCAUCUCUAAACGACGACGCAAUGCGGAGAUGGAAAAGGAGAUCGCAGAUCUUCGCCGCCGUCUCUCGAGCCAGCCAGAGUACCCUCAAUCGCGGGAGACUCAUGAAGGCGACGACAUGUCACAGUCGGAGGAGGAGGCCUUUGCCCGUCAAGAUGCAAUUGCCAUUGACCGCCCCCGGCCACUAUCAGUUCCGGCCGAGUCACUUCCUCCCCCAGGUACACCAUUGAAUAUAAAAAGAGACGUCUCGAUUGUGUCUCAAGACGAUAACACGCCCUGGCGCUUGGAAGAUAUCACUCUGUCGCGCGCACGCGUUGCACGGCUAUUUGAACAAUAUUUUAAUUACUACCACCCUUUCUUACCCCUGUUGAACUUACCAAAACCGCCCGAGGUAUAUCUGAGUCGGUGUCCACUAUUAGCGUGGACGAUCAUUUGUGUGGCCUGCCGUCGAUCGCCUUCAGACCCAGGAUUGUUGACAGCACUUUCGGGGCCGUUCAGUCGUCUGCUGUGGACAACCAUCACUGGCGUCCCUCAAGACUAUCGGGUGGUCAAGGCGCUGUGUGUAUUAUGCACAUGGCCGUUGCCGACCACGAGUCAGCGUACGGAUGCAACGUUCAUGCUGAGCGGGCUAAUGAUGCAAAUUGCUAUGCAGCUCGGAAUGCAUCGGCCAGUGCAAGCGGAGGAAUUUACCACCUUUCGUAUUGAGGCGCAAGGGGCCGCCUUGAAGGACAGGUUGCAUACGUGGGUAAUCUGCAACAUCGUCGCACAGAACGUGGCCACGGGCUAUGGGCAGCCCCCAAGCACUAUCUACGACUGGGCUCUCGAGCCUCCCUCGUUGAAGGAUGCUGAUUAUCACUUGUCUGAAAAUUUGGCAAUUCGGCUUCGCAUAGAGAAAUUCUGUGACCGAGUGACCAAGUCAUUAUACAGUAGCAAGCCUGAGCCGGCAGAGUUUGUCAGUGCGGAAAAGCUUGUCAUUGUGCAGAUUCUCGAAAGCGAGUUGAGAGAGAUGGAGGUUCAAUUUGGCCAGGAAAUCUCAGCGAUCAACAUGAUUCAUCUUCGAGCGGCCGAAUUGCAUCUUCGGUAUUUUGUGUUUCUUAGCUCCAGCCCCCGAAGCGACGAUCUGACCAAGCUCUUUAUCGCGACGACAUCCUUCCUGGGACGCGUGCUCGAUCUUGAGACCUCGCCAGGGGAGCUGAUUGGUCACUCUACCAACUACAUCCUACAGAUGAUUGUCUCGGCCGCUUUUGCGCUCAUGAAACUCUUGAAGAGUGACUUCAGCCGCCACAUUGACUUCAACCAUGGCAAGUUGUUAUUCAACGGCGCCAUCUCGGCCAUUCGUCGAAUCAGUGUCAUGGACCACGAUCGUCCGAUUCGUUUGGCAGAUAUCCUCGCUCAGAUGUGGAAUUCCACGGGUCCCGUUGCGGCCGAAGAGGAUGGACUGCAACUGAAAGUGCGCUGCCGCAUGAGCAUGAGCCAUGUGUAUGACACAGUCUGGCGAUGGCGGCAACGCUUUCGGCCGGGAAAGACGGUUGAGGAAAUUCAAGCAGCAGCAGCGGCGGCGGCCAACCAGAGCAUAUCAACAACCCACGGGAUGUUGGCCCCUGAAACCUCGCUGGACAACCCGGCCCUGAUGCUUCCUGCUCAGUUUGACGAAAGUGGUGCCUUCUUCAGCGAAGCAGGGUUUUCCGAAGUGUUUGAUUCCUUGAAUUGGGUGUUUGAUGGCAUUCCGGAGUCUUCGUUUGUUGCACCGAUCAUUUGA